GUCAGAUUCCGUCGUUAUGGCCGAAACAUCCAGAAGCUGAAUCUGAACUGUGGGCGGUCCAUUGGCAGUGGGCUACUUUAGGGGUGGAUCUUGGCCCUCUGUACAACAGACAGAAGACAGAACUCUGAGAUCCAGAUCAUUAAAUUAGACUGGACCAGUGACCCACACACCAGCCUUUAAGACCUGCGCACCACACCAAGCCAGAUACUAUCUUCUGUGAUCCUUCCCAGACAGAGUGACCUGUCCUUCCAACCAGGUUGUGAAAAUCCAGAUCCUUCUUGUCUCGUCACACUUCUCUCAGGGCAGAAUGGACCGGUCUAUGCAGGAGCUGUUUAUGAACUUCAUGCUGGUCUUAAUCACUGUACUGGCAAUAUGGCUCCUGGCAAAGAAAUACCAGGAGGCUUGAGCCACCAGGGGGAGCGAUGCAGAAUUGAGGAAUGGGGAGAACCAAGUGGUACCAUACAGACCAGGGAACGCCGAUGCAAACAGUCUGACAGCUUACUGAUUUGAAUCCUAGCUUAGACAAGAUUUCAGGUCCAGAGAGACCUGUCAACCGGAGGGUUCAUGGAACUGUAUUAAAUCCAGGGCAGGCAAACAUUUUGGUUGGAGGGCCACAUCAGGAGUUUGAAUUUGGAAGACUGUUCUGAUAUGUUUUGUAAAAGAAUUAGAAUUAGUAAAAAACCUUUGGCCAGAAAAAAUCGCUGAUAUUUGAAAAUGUAUAGGUCUAUUACCAAUUUGUAAGCAUACCAGAUUGUUUUAUGUUGAGUUAAUUCUUUGUCUUAUCAGAAUUAUUGUUUCCUUUUAUGCAAACCUCUCGCAGUCCAUGGUUAGCCUAGACCUGCCUGAUAGAUUUCUGUUAAUGGACAAUAAAGUUAAUGAACAUUAAGUACUAAUCAUUUACAUUCUGCAACAUAGACAUUGUGUUGCCUGAUAAAUUAAGUGAAUUAAAUAAAAUUUGAAUCAAUAAAAUAAAGGGUAUAUUUUUAGCCUAGUCUAAGAAAAACAUGCAAUUGAGUACUUCAGCUAAGAAUGACAUACAUUUGCUCACUCUUGUCUCUGAGGGACUGUUGAGUAAAUGAUGGCAAACAUUCUGUUUAUACCUUUUACAAUAAAAUACCUGUUUUAACCUAUAUGUUUUCUGUUGUUUGAAGUAACAAACAUUUUAAAUCAGUCA